AUGAUAACAAACAAUCACGCCACUCUCUCCAUCAUUUUGGGUUUCUGUGUUCUGCUGGAGCAGUGCGUUGGCUCUGGAGAAUUCUAGACAAAGUAAAAAGUUGAUCACCGAACAUCCUAUUUCAUAUUUCUUAACGCAUUCUCAUCGUCUCCAGACGGGUAAGUGGCAAUGUUAGUUUCAGUUACUCCUUCAUUUGGGCUUCUGGCUUCUGAUCUGAUUCUGCUUCUCGAACUUGCUUAGGCUUACCAUCGUUUAUGUAAAAACAACAAAAUGUUUGAUUUCAUCAUUGCUCGGAAGAGUACUAUUGAACUCUUAAAGCACCUUCUUCUUUGUAAGAAGUGUGAAAAAGAAUUGAAUUCAUGACCUCACCCCCUUCAGUCGGUGUAAGCAAUUGGCAAGUUCAGCAGUUUUUAUUUACCGCACCGCCCAUCCCUUACCACGUGUCCUGUGUACUCUUGACCGUUGCGACAAACGCACCGCGACGAUAUUUUGCCGCGUGACGUCCCUCUCCCCUCGGGCCGGGCCGACAAAAGAGCACACAAGUGCCAGAGACGCAGUGAACAUCGACAGCGGUUCUCUUCUGGUCGCACACUAUUUCAGCUCCAAAGUCGUCGGACACUCUCCAGAAUACGAACGCUCUCUCCUGCCACCGACUGCCUCUUCCCCAAUGUUUCUAUCUAGUCCACCCCUCUGGCAACAUGCUCCCCUUCCCUUCUCUCUUUCUCUUUUUCUCUCUACUCUUCUCUCAACCAAUCAUUUUCAGCGCCAAAGCGCCAGAGCCUUAGAGCAAGAAGUUUGUGUCCCUCCCCCCUUUUCUGAAGAGCCAAGGGGGGUAUUUGAAGGGUGACCACUGCCAUUUAAUUAUAUUCCUCUCUCAUUAUUUUCCACACCCCAAAGGGUAUAAGUAGCAAGACCAAUGACGUUUUUUAGUGCUCGCUACCGUAUUCUUCUAUUCAAAUUUCCUUAAGAGGUAGUGAAGUUGUUUAGAUGAGUUGGAGUAGAAUUUUGGUUUUAAUUUGAGAAUGGGCUAUGUAGCUUGCAGAUAUUAUUAAAAUUAUCUGCCCUGGAGGAGUUUACCGCUAACUGGCUGAUUUUCAGUCCCCGAAUUUUCUCCCGCAAAGACCCCAUUAACGCACGUGACCUCAAAAGUGGGCGGACCACCAACUUCGUUCUACCAACUUGGUUUUUUGAUUCCUAAAGACUGUAUCUUUCGUACUUUAACCCUGAACAGGUUAACUUAUGAAAUAAAUCUUAUCAAUCCUGCCUGCUGCUUUUUUGCCCAUUUUCAUCAUUGAUAAGGUUGUUUCAUUCGAGGAAGGCAAAGGCGCGCGCGGCCCGUCGUCGUUUCGUUUCGUCGUCGCACACAACCCCCUUAUCACAUCUAUUCUUUCCGCCAUCUAAAGACGAUGACAAUCUGUGUUGAUAAUACAAUCGAUUGAUUAGUUUCGCUUCGUUUUAAUCACUUCUCAACUCACCUCCGUUCUUGAAACCGUCCAUCGUUGUUUGGGCAUGAACUUUGCCCUAAACUUGUUCUUUGAAGUGGACACGGGGGCAUGGAUUAGGGAUAAAGUGUACUGGAUUGCGGAUGAGUGUUAAAUUGUGCCUAAAACUUUUGAUCUUGACAUCAGAACUCUUACGUAAAAUCUUUCAAAGUCCAUACAAACUCCACACAUCCCAGUCCCCUCUCCCCAUUCAUCGUUUUCCAGUAAGUAAAUACGUCUUUAAUCUCUGCCUUUCUUAUCACAUGACCAUGCGUCUAAUCAAGUGGCGCUUCAAAGAAUUCGGUAAUUUCUUACCCCCGCUCUUCCAACUCAAUUUCCUUGCCCUGACUCUUUCUUGUCACAUCGCAGAAACAUUGUUACAAACCCUUCGGGCUUCUUCUUCUCCUCUCUGACCAACUGCCGCUUCUGUUUCUGCUUGAUUGAUUUGUGUGCCAUUUCCACCUGAUUUUGCCCUUUUCAUUUCACUCUUCUAGAAAAAAAAAGAUGAUGUGAUUAGAUUACCGUGUCUCCAGUCAACCAGAGACCCUUUCGCAGAACUGCUGCUCAAAAACAUUGACCCUUUUGUUUUCCACUCUUUUGUCCUUUUUGUUUUCUUGUCCAUGCUUCUCUGCUCACCCAGCAUAUGAUAUUUUUCAGAGGAAACCCCCGCCAUCACGGGGAAUUACCCCAUACACUGAAAGCGAGGCUUCUAAAGCUCAACGAAAGCUCGUGCACCAUGGAAGAUAAUCGAAAAAGGUGAGGACAGUUUGAAACAGUCAACGACGUUUUGCUACAAAGAACUGGUUGAAUAGCGUCUAGGAACAAUUACAUCAUCUGUUUGGUAUAGUGGGACACUCGUAUAAAACUCCACCCCUCUCUCAGAAUUUUUGAUGUUUUCAUAUCAUUUCACUUUUCAUCACAUCACUAUGAUCACUGACAAUGUCUCGAUUUGAUUGAUUGCGAAACGUCCUCUGGUUGCAAAAUGUACAAAGUUCGAAACAACACACCAUAAUACUGUUGUUGCGAAGUGUCAUCCAAUUUCUCUCAAAUGACCUCAGCUCGCGCGGCACUCUUAGUGGUUGUUGAAAAAUGCGCUAGUCGGUUACCGUAGUCAAAGUCUCAUGUUAAACGGAGAGAAGAAUCGGAAAUGCGCAUAUCCGAAUCGAAUAUCAAAUGAAUCCAGCUAUCUCAUCCUCCUCUCGUCUUUUUCCAGAAACAUGGAGCGGCGUCGUGAGACAUCGCGUUACGCGGCACGCGACCGGCGCGGAAAGGAAGCGGACAUCUUCACCGAACUUCGCGAAUGCGUUCCAAUCGUCGAAGAGGGUACAGUAACCCAUCUCGAUCGGAUAGCACUUCUUCGGGUUGCCGCGACGAUUUGUCGUUUGAGAAAAACGGCCGGUAAUGGUAAGUGACAACGCAGAUGAAGGGACGAGAAGGAAGGAAUCCAUCACUUUUUGUAGUGUUGGAAAACGAACUGGGUGGAGAGGUUGCGAAUCAGGUGUGGACCGAAGAGACUAUCGCUGAAUGUCUUGACGGCUUUGUCAUGAUCGUCGACAGUGACUCGUCGAUCCUCUAUGUCACUGAAAGUGUAGCCCUCUAUCUCGGAUUGACACAGGUAAACAUUUGUGUAAUUCACGUGGACAAUUUGAGAUGAUGCAUUGCAUUGUUUUGGAAAAUACUGUAGGAUGAACUAAAAAAAAUUGAAAAGAAAAAAGAGAUAGAUCACUGUUCAAUUCAUCACAACAAAACCGGUUUUCAGACGGAUUUGACCGGCCGAGCGUUGAAAGACUUUCUGCAUCCGAGCGAUUAUGAUGAGUUCGAUAAGCAGACAAAGAUUCUGCAUAAGCCGCCUGGCACUGAGUAUGACGCCACUGGAACCGACAUGGUGUUCCGCAUGAAGACGGUGAUAAGCCCGCGUGGGCGGUGCCUGAACUUGAAGAGCGCGUUGUACAAGGUUUGUGAAGAUACCACAAAAGCAAAGCAAUUUCGAAACCGAUUUGACGUCUUCUAUUUUUGAAUUACCCGCUACAAUCUAGUUAAAACACAUCAAAUAUCACUUCAAACUUUCAGCCGGUGUCGUUCUUGGUGCAUUCGAAAGUGUCGACUGGAGGACAUGUACUCUUCAUGCAAGGAAUCACCAUCCCUGCAGGACAGGGAACUCAUAGCUCCAACGUUUCAGCCAUGGCAAAGGUUCGUUAGCGUAGACGUUACACAUUUUGUCACUUUCGAGAAGAAGAAGACGGACAAAUCUGAUCAUUUGAUUUUUUCGCCUUCAGAGUGCGCGCUAGCGGAAGCAAAGUACACUCAGCUUCUGCUCCUGGCACCUCGUGAAUAGAAAUGAGCGAGAGAAAGGGGAGAUUAGUAGGAGGGGAAGUAGAAAAAGAAGAAGACGAGGCACAUGCAACUUGGCGUCAUCUUCUUCGGCUCCCUUUUUUGCUCAAAUAGAGGAGAAGCGGAAAACGGAAAGGGCUCGUUCUGUGGUUAAGGGAUCUAAAACGCAUGGGUAGAUCCUAGCUCAGCGAGCUCAGGGGCCCGAGCUCACAGACUCGGGUUGAUUGAGAAAAAGUAUAGACGCCUUACUAUUAGAUGUUGUUUUUCAGUAUGCCGAAUGCCCACAAGGAGCUUUCACUACCCGCCACACUUGCGACAUGCGGAUAACAUUCGUCUCCGAUCAGCUGAACCAAUUGAUAAAAAGCGAUGUGAAAUCUUUCGUUGGAACUAGCUUCUACGACUUGGUGCAUCCGGCCGAUAUGCAAAUCUUGAUCGAGUCGAUGAGCGAGCUUUUCUCCAAGGGACACACCCGAACACCCUACUACAGACUGUGCGCCUCCAACAAUAAUUUAGCAUGGGUUCUGUCCGAAUGCUGCACAAUCAACCACACGACAAAGGGACAGAAGGGCAAGUAUGUGAUGUGCACCCACUUCGUCCUAGGAAUCCAGGGAGCCGACGAAUCUUUGGUGGUGUGCACUGACUCGAUGCCGGCUGGAAUGCAGGUGGAUAUUAAGAAGGAGAUUGAUGAUACAAGAGGUUGGAAAGAGCUCGAGAAGUUCGGAACAAUCUUGAAAUUUUUAGACUACAUUGGUCGUCAACCUGAAAUUGUGGAGUGCGUUGAUUUCACACCACUGAUCGAGAACGAGGAUCCAUACGGAUGCACACCGCAAAGGAUCGAGCAGAGAUCAGAUAUGGGUAAGCUUCCAAUCUUUCUUUUUUUUUCUACGAAACUGUCAUGAGAGAAUGUGAUAUUGUGUUGUAAACAUAAACGAGUUAGGUGUCUACUCGGUGACUGACGAGUAUGAGCAACGAGUAUACGGACAAGUGUCAACGGAGUCCAUGGAGGAGGAUGAUAGCGACGCGGAGUCGGACACGGAAUCCAUCGAGGACUCUGGUCUUGCGCCAGAGUUCGACGUGGAGCUGGAUCCCAUCGAAAAAAUGGAACUUGGGGAAGAGGACUUUGGAGAGGUGAAUUUGAAAAAAAUUUAAGUCGAACAAGCCGAAUUCUUCCCCUCCGUUGUCCUCUGCCCCGUGAGUUCUCUCGGUUUUUCUCUUAGUGUCUUGCGUGUGGCUUUCGUUUUCUCCUCCUCCUGUUGGCAUCUAGAUCUCCUAAUUAUCCGUCCGAACCCCGAGUUCUUUAUUUAAUCAUUUCAGGGGCCCGUAAGAGCAGCUACGAUGACGUUCUGCAAUGGCUUUUUCGCGACCAGCCGAGCAGCCCGCCACCGGCUCGCUACCGGUCCGCAGAGCGCUACCGGCCAGCCGCCACUGGAACGCCGUCACAUCUCGAGCCCACUCUGGCCUCGACGCGCUUCGUGGAUUCAGCAGCUCGUGCCUCCCGCUCAAAAACCACUUCCUCCUCGAUGCUUUCGUAUGGGCGACGCGCUCAGAGCUCCGGCAGCCGCACAACUGCUUCUUCCGCCCAACAACACAACUACUCCCCACUUACAGAAGGAAUUUCUCAAUGCGCCCUUAACAGUCCCCCAAGGUGAGUUGUGUCACUUUCGUAUUCUGGAAGGAGAUUGCAAUAAUAGUAUUUGCAGUGUCAAAUCUGGACAGCUCGUGUACGGAGACUCUCGAUCUAUGGUCAGCAGCAGCAAUUCGUCCGAUUCGUCACGACGCUUUUCCGCCGUUCCGUCAUCAGAUUCUCUCGAUGUGCCGUCCGCUGGACUCAUCCAAACCACCGAUGUGUUCUCCGCUAUGUCUUUUGCCGAUCCUCUCGCUGCCAUCAACGAGACGUCCGGCACACCAACAUUAGCCGGCUGCGAGCCUAUUCUUUGUGGUAAGCUUGAAAGUCCUGGCAACUACUGAACAAUACUCAUUUGCAGACGAUCUUCAAUGGGAAGAGCCGGAUUUGUCGUGUUUGGCACCGUUUGUUGACUCUUGCGACAUGCUGCAAAUGGACGACGGAAUUACGGCAGAGUUCCAGGCCCUGUAUGACCUGCCAGAUUUCACACCCGCCGCACCUAUGGUGCCUGCUGCCAUGCCUGUUCAAGUUGAUGUGAGUACACACAUUAGUUGUAACAUUCUUAACCAUUUUCAUUUUUCAGACUGGCAGUCCUCCAGCGAAACGAAUGCACCAAGAAAAUUGUGACGUGGAUUACAACAUGUACACAAACCAAUACCAGCCAUUCCAACACGAACCGUACUGGCAGCCACGUCAGCAACAACAUCAGCAGCAACAAUCCGCCGAAUAUUCUCAAUUUCCGAUGCUCUCCUAA